AUGAGAAGGAGUGGAGUGCUGCGAUCGUACUUGUCACAUGGACGACGUUUGAUUGAUAUGCGCAACUCCAAAUGUGGAUUAUUCAUCACAUCCAUAAAGAGAUAUUCUCAAUUUAAGGAACAGCCCAGGCUUAAUCCAGUAGGUAUCCAGUACUUGUCCGAGUCAUUACAGAGACAGGUGUUUGGUAGUGAGAAUACGAAAGUAAGUAAGACAUUGACUGGUUUAAGUGGACAAGAGAAACAAGUCUUAUUGAGUUUAUCAAGACAAUUAUUAAAGACUCAUGAUCUUUUAGAUAAGAAGACUACUGUGAUAGAGCCAAUAUCUUUUCAAGUUCCAAAAUUACAAGGUGCAUCCCUCGACGAACAUUUCCAAAAAUUAGGACAUUUUGCCUCUGAGCCUUAUAAGACUAUGGCUUUGCAAAAAUAUAAAUCUAUUGUUAAGAGACCAAAUAAAUGGAUAAAACAAUCUGGUUGGACACGGUAUGCUCCUGGUGAGAUCCCUAAACGUGUGCCAUAUCCUACUGAGGAUAUAUUGACAUUUGAUGUUGAAACAUUAUAUAAAAUUUCACAUUUUGCUACAUUAGCCACUGCAUUAUCUGAUAAAGCAUGGUAUGUAUGGUGUUCUCCGUACAUUUGUGAUGAGAGUGAUUCUUAUAAACAUCUGAUACCGUUAGAUACGGUAAAUAAAACGCAGUUGGUGAUUGGACAUAAUGUUGGGUAUGAUAGAGCACGAGUACUGGAAGAAUAUAACUUUAAACAAUCAAAAGCAUUUUUCUUAGAUACUCAAUCACUUCAUAUUGCAUCAUCAGGGUUAUGUUCAAGACAAAGACCAAUGUUUAUGAAGAAAAAAAAUAUGAUUAAAAAUAUGGAAGAUGAAGAUGAAGGUUUAGAUAACGUUAAUCUUAAAAAUAAUAUUAUUAGUGAAUUAGAUGAACAGGAUCCCUGGUUGAAUGUAUCUACUAUGAACUCAUUGGCUGAUGUGGCGUCGUUCCAUUGUGGUAUCAAGAUGGAUAAAUCUCCGAGGGAUUAUUUUAGUUCAACUGAUAAAAAUGAAAUCAUCAAUAAUUUUCAAAUGUUAGUAGACUACUGUGCAACAGAUGUUGAAGUAACAAGUAAAGUAUUUGAUAAAGUAUUUCCAUUAUUUUUAAAAAAAUGUCCUCAUCCUGUAUCCUUUGGUGCUCUUAAAUCAUUAAGUAGUUGUAUUUUACCAACUAAUCAUAAUGAUUGGACUAAAUAUGUUAAAGGUGCAGAAUCAUUAUAUCAAUCAUCAAAACUGGAAAUUGAAGAGAAAAUAAUACAGAUAGUUGAAGAGACAGUAAAACUUAAAGAUUAUCAAACGAAUGAACAAAAUAGACAAAAGAUUGAGAAUGAUCCAUGGUUAAAGCAAUUAGAUUGGACUAUUAAACCAUUGAGGUUGACAAAAAAGGGUGUCCCUAUUAAGAGACAAAAAUUACCCGGGUAUCCUGAAUGGUAUCGUUCGUUAUUUCCCAACAAUACCACUAUAAAACCACAAAUAACUUUAAGAUCAAGAAAUAUUCCAAUUUUCUUUAAAUUAUCAUGGGAAUCAAAACCGGUGGUAUGGACCAAAGAAUCGGGCUGGUGUUUCCCAGUACAUAAAGAUGAAUUAGAGACUUUUAAAUCUAAGAAUUAUAUUUCAGUGCAUGAUAAAGUGACCGCAGAAUAUCAAGAGGAUUUUAAAUGCCCAAAUGAACUUCUAUUCAAAGUUCCACAUCCAAAUGGACCUUCUUCGAAUUGUACUACAUUGUUAAGUAAACCAUAUAUCCAUUUCUUUGACAAACAAGUAUUGAAAUCAGAAUCAGAGUUUGCACAUGCGGCUCUACAGAUCAAUUCAUCGGGAUCUUAUUGGAUGUCAGCUAGAGAAAGAAUAAUGUCACAGUUUGUUGUCAAGGGAUCGGAAUUCCCAACGGAAUUCAAGGCUUUAGCUACAACCACUUCUGAGAAAGAUAUGAAGAAUGGUAACAGUUCUGGUGAUCUUGGUAUCAUAUUACCAAAAAUUGUUCCGAUGGGUACAGUCACUAGAAGAGCAGUUGAAAAUACAUGGCUAACAGCCUCAAAUGCAAAAAAAAAUAGAAUUGGUUCAGAAUUAAAGGCACAAGUAAAAGCACCACCUGGAUACUGCUUCGUUGGAGCAGAUGUAGACAGUGAAGAAUUAUGGAUUGCAUCCUUAGUGGGUGACUCCGUGUUUAAUUUGCAUGGUGGUACUGCGAUCGGUUGGAUGUGUCUAGAAGGUACAAAGAGUGCAGGUACCGAUCUUCACACAAAAACAGCUAAGAUUCUAGGUUGUUCUCGUAAUGAGGCCAAGAUUUUCAAUUAUGGGAGAAUAUAUGGUGCAGGUGCUAAAUUUGCAGGUCAACUGUUGAAACAAUUCAACCCAUCCUUGACAGAUGAAGAAGUGAAAAAGGUUGCUAAUAAUUUAUAUGAAAAUACCAAGGGUAAGAAACGACGAUCAAAGAUAUUUGAACAAUUUUGGUACGGUGGAUCUGAAUCAGUAUUAUUUAAUAAAUUAGAAAAUAUUGCAGAACAAGAUGUACCACGAACGCCCGUCUUGGGCUGUAGCAUAACGUCAUCAUUAAUGAAAAAAAAUUUAAAGGCUAAUUCUUUCUUACCUUCAAGAAUUAAUUGGGCCAUUCAAUCAUCAGGUGUAGAUUAUUUGCACUUGUUAUGUUGUUCCAUGAAUUAUUUGAUAGAAAAAUAUUCUUUGAAUGCAAGAUUAUGUAUUUCCAUCCAUGAUGAGAUUCGAUAUUUAGCCACAGAGGAAGAUAAAUAUAAAGUAGCAAUGGCAUUACAGAUAAGUAAUCUUUGGACAAGAGCUAUAUUUUGUGAACAAAUGGGGAUUGAUGAUUUACCUCAGAAUUGCGCUUUUUUCUCUGCUGUCGAUAUUGACAAUGUGUUGAGAAAGGAAGUAGAUAUGGAUUGUAUAACACCAUCUAACCCAAUACCCAUACCUCAUGGUGAAUCCUUAGGAAUCCAGGCUCUCUUAUCUAAACAAGAAUCAGUUCUUGGAAAUGGUAAUGAGGAGCUCGAUAUCUCCGAUUUCCCUUACACAGCACGUGAACCAGUAUUUGAACAUUAUAAUAAAUCGUACACUAAAGAAUUUAUUAAAUAUUUCAUUCGAAUGCAAGUACAAACAAAUAAGUCGGAAAUAUCAAAACUGGAGAGGGAAUACAUUAGAGAGGUAACAUCGAAGCAAUUCUCUAAGGAUGGUUUGAGAGUCGAGUAUGACUUCAACGAUUAUGCCAAGGAUAUUGAGGAAGGGAGAAAGAAGAAAAUCAAUAUUAUGGCAAAAUCAUUCAUUGCAAAUAGGGCUGAAUUAGAUGAUCAGCACUACGAAUCAUUUAAGACCGACCAUAAUCAAUCACCAAAAAGCACAACUGGACCAAUUCAAGACACCCACAGUAACGAUAAAGAUAACAAGAUCUUCUCCAUGAAGAAACCACAAACUUUGGAUUAUUCUACAUUGCAUGAACUUGCACAUACAGGUAACAAUCCUGUGAAUCAAAAGGAUCUGACAGCAAAAACGACGCCAGCUUCUUCCAGAUCCUUUAAAGUAAAAAGCAAGAAACCAUUCAAGCCAUAUGUCGAGGAAAAAGGAUAUAAUGCAUUUUAUCAAUCAAUACGUUAG